CCGUUUCUAUUUGACGUUUGACAUUUGAAGUUUGACUACGCGGUUUACAGUGGUUCAGUGUACAGUGUUUUGGUAUUUUAUAUAUUUUUAUUUAAUUUUACAAUUAUUUUACAACUGCAAUAAUCAGUAAAAUUAUACAAGCUAUUAACAAUUUAUAUGUACUAUUAUUAAGUACAGUUUCAUACAUCAAAUCAGUGAAAAUAUAUUACGAAACAAAUCUAAAUGUUACGAAUUUAGCGGUAACCAGUAUUAUCAUCGAAUGCAGAUAUACGAAUAAAUUUUAAUCAAUAAAGACCACAUAAUCGAAACGAGGUUAUUACUCAGCGAUUCAAUACGGUCGUAUGUACGGUACGGCUGUAUGAUAAAGUCGAGAGAUACGGUGCGCACAUAGCAACAAUAUCAAAGUACAAAGGUCAGUAACUAUGAGUGGUAAAUUGUUAAAAACUCUAAUCCUUGGCGCACCCGCUUCAGGCAAGGGCACCAUAUCGUCUCGGAUAGUGAAGAAAUAUGCUGUGGCACAUGUGUCCAGUGGAGACAAGCUGAGGGACCACAUUGAGAAACAAACUGACCUAGGUAAGGAAGUCAAAAAGUACUUGAAUGAAGGGAAACUUGUACCUGAUGAUGUGAUGAUAAAAUUCAUGAUCACAGAAUUAAAAAAAGUUGAAGAUAAACCAUGGCUACUGGAUGGAUUCCCGAGGACUGUGGGACAGGCUGAUGCUUUGUGGAAGGUACAACCUGUUGAUGUAGUAGUUAACUUAGUAGUGCCUUUUGAGGUAAUCAUAGACAGAGUGAAGAACCGCUGGGUGCACUUGCCUUCAGGCCGAGUGUAUAACAUUGGCUUCAACACUCCUAAAGUGGAAGGUAAGGAUGAUGAGACAGGUGAGGACUUGGUUCAGAGACCUGAUGACAAGCCAGAAGCUGUGCGCAAGCGGCUGGAGAUCUAUGAGAGUGUGACGAGGCCAGUCAUAGAGUUCUACAAAGCUAAAGGUAUUCUAAAAGAGUUUGAAGGUCGCACUUCUGAUGAGAUUUGGCCUAAAGUUACAGCUUAUUUAGAUCCUAUUUUUAAGAAGUGAACCUGUAUAUUUAUCCAUUAUACCUAGUUAGAAGUAGGCAGCUGUAGUAUAGUUAUGCAGAAAUGAAUUGUACUGGUGCUUGGAACAAUAGUAUUAAGAGUAACAUUCAGUAAUGACUUACUCUAUUUUAUAGAAUUUUUAUAAUUGUUAUUUGCAAAACAGAGCCAUUAAAUCAGUUGAAUUGUUGAUAUAUAUAUAUCUUUAUUUAUCAGGAGUUUGUGUGUAUAUACUUAAGUGUAGUUACAUAAUAUUUUGUAUGCUUAUUUUUAUUGUGAAAUCAAAACAUAUCUGUUUAAUACUAAGGCCAUUUAUACUCAGGCUGAAUAUUAAUUGUGCAAUGUAUUAAUACAUUUAAAUGAAAAGACAAGCACAGACAUAGACAUAUAUGUAUACUAGGUAUCUAUGUACAUAAUAAUAGAUUGUAUAGAACAUUGGUUACUUCCUAGUCUUCCAUGUUGAUAUUGUACUUAUGUUGUAGUGUAGCUACUGAGUAUAUUAUAGAAUAAUUAGUGCCUUAACAAAGGCUCAGAGUACCUAUAUUAAUAUUAAGUAAUGUAAAUUUUAAUCAAGUUCCUUAUUUUCUAUUCACAAAAUGAAUUCGCCUACAAGAGCUCAAAUGAUCAUAGUUAAUUAUACUUUAUUAUAUACUUUUCUUACUUUGAAAAUACAUAUACAUAGUUAAUAUAUUUUACACUUGUUUGUUGAGUUUUAUAUUAUUGUUUAAUGAUUAAUCAAUUAAUAAACGUUAGUUAUUUA